UGAGUUCCAUGCAGUUUACACACUUGGCACCUGGGCGCAUCCCAUGGGGCGCUGGCAUAGAACCUGCCGUGCAGAUCUUCUCUGUCAAGCUUACAGAGGUGAAAGGCGGCUUCAAAUUUCCAUUGUCCGUGUAUGGUGUGGUCGCUGCCCGUGAUGGCGUGGACUACAACCGCAACCUUAUCUUCUUUUGCGAUAGGAGCAACUCCCAAAAACUUACUCAAAAUGAUCCUUAUCUGCGCCUGAUCGGCCCGUCUCGCGCUGUUUUGUUUGAGGACUAUGUUAAUUAUGAGGUCCAGCUUAUGGUGAAAGGCAGCGUCAAGUCUCGGGACAGGCCGUUGAUCACAGAUACAUACCGCCAAACCCGAUGCCGUAUUGGUGUAUCCACCAUCUGCUUUCAGAACUGCUUCUGCGCGAUGGAGUUACGCUUGGAGCGAUUUCUAGGUUCGGUCCAGGCCACCAUCAUUGGCGUACGUGUCGUCAAAGACAAUGGGGCGUGGCCAUUUGGACAUGGUGUUCGGGUUGCUUGCUCCCCGGCAUCACGGGAACUUAUGGAGGACAGUGAUGGUUGAAAUCAAGUAUGUCGCUCAGCCUUCGUCUGGGGAAAUCUUGCUGCUUGAUUCAAAAGAUGGAGGUAGACCUGCGCGUUCAGAUGGAUACCUUUAUCUGUCAAGGCAAGUUGUUUCUGUAGAACCAAGCGGACAGCUGGAAGUUGAAAUACAGGCCUAUGCACCACCCGGCGUUCUCCCUGCAAAAGCUCAGGUCUGCUUCGAAGCCCAAGAAUGCAACAUAGAUCGUGGUCGGUGUUGCCUCCUCGGUGCCGAGGUGGAGAUCUCUGUUGCUUGGUCCCGUCUUGCUUUGGACGUGGAGAUGCUUGCUGGUGUUGACAGGGAUUUUCAAAGGGACGAACCAGAGGUUGCGUUCACACAAGUGGGGCUGAAUGGAGAGCCUGACACGGAACGAAUCUUUUAAGAACUGCUUGGUAUUAGUUUGUUGAAGUUCCUAUAGUAGUAUUUCUGCAUCGUGUUUAGUUAUAUAUGUAAGGUGUCCAACUAUGCCUUAUGCUAUGCAUCUGCAUUAGAUUAGUUAUAUAUAUAACCUGUCCAACUAUGACUGAUGCACCAGGCAACUGUUUGUUUGGUUGUGUAUUGACUGUGACUUUUAAUAUGCUGUUUGAAAGCAUUUCUGUGUUGAUU